GAUCUCAUCCUCACUAAACCACAUCCAGUCAUUUUGUGAUCAAACUGCAUUGAGAAUGAGUUCUACUAACCAAGGAAGUGAUCCAGCAGAAAACUCUCUCAAAAAUGCUGAAAAUGAACCACCAAAUGUCUGUGAGAAUGAGAAAGAACAUCCACUUCCUGAUACCAACAUCAUUUCUCAGGAGGAAACCAAUAUAUCAGGCAUGGAAGCAAGCUCAUCAAGUUCCCAGGAGGAUACAGAUCACCAGCCAGUAGAAAACAGCCAAUCUGAAGCAGAGAAGACUCAAAAUGAUCCCCCAGAUGAAGAAUUAAUAGAAGAUUCUCUUCCACUUCAGAUAUCUAUUCCUAGAAAGCUGACCAUUCCUAGGUUAAUAUUUUGUAGAAUUAUCUAUCUGAGUAUUCCACAACCACAACUUCAUGAAAAGAAGACCAUAUUUGAUAAAAUCUUGUUCCAUCUAGGGACAAUGGAGAUGACAAUAAGUGAUUACUCCCAUGUCCCUAUACAUGACAAGAUGCUGCAUCCCCGUUCCCUUGCAUGGCAAAUCCCAUUCUUUAAUACUGAUGAGAUAAGUAGGAUGAUUAUACACCUGUUGUGCAGCAGAAAUUUCUCUCAGCCAGAAUGUCACCAACAUAAUGCAUGGGUAAAACAAAAAUAUGUAGCAGUUAGUUAUUACCAAAAUGUUAUCAAUCUCCAAAGGAACAUAGUGUUUGGAAGGCCUCUGAGAGUGUACUACUACCAUCCUCUUUUUGAAAGACUGACUCAAAGAAAAACUACUAAGUUAUAUCAAAACAAGAAUGGAAAGCAUCUUUCUGUGAGGCCAAGGUUCUACAUGUCUCAGUUCCAAACUCAGAAAACUAUCCAUGGAAAAGAUUUUAAAAAUAAUUGGAGAAUUCAUCAUAAGCUGAGGCUAGUAAUCAUAGCCUACAACAACAACUGGAAAUAUCUGUGUCCCAUCUGUGGUUGUGGUUUCAACAACUUUAAGGAUUUUAAACAUCAUUCCUGCAGCUUUUCUAGAAAUUAAAGCAGUGUAAAGGUUUUUAAUUUUAGUUUCUAAAACUAUGCAAAGGCAAUAACUCAUCUGAAAUAAUACAUCAUAAUCAAUAAAUUUAGCAAGAUUACAUUACACUGCUAAACUGAAUGUAAAUUACAUAUGUACUUCAAUAAGAAACAUUUCAGGGAAGAGAUUUAACCUUCAUAUAUAUCAUUGAAAUAUCAAGUUAUUAAUCUAUAUUGUGUCAUCAACUGAACUAAGAUGAUGUUUGCAACUCCC